GCUAUAAACAGAUAAAAAUCGGCAAACUUAAUUAAAAGGUGAAAUCGAACAAGAUGAAUCGUGAGGUGAUCAUCUAUGGUUUUGCUGGUGCCGUAGGUCUCACUGCAGCAGCUACUGGGGUCUACUUUCUCAGAAAGAAACUGCUGCAAAGAUGCUCAAAGAAUCCUUAUGAAGAUUCUAAGAUGGUUAAUGAGUACCUGGGUCUUCACUACUGCCCCCCUGAGGAGUAUAUGAGCUAUGAAGAAGGGCCAAAGAGUGCUCUUGACUUUCCUCUACGCUGUGCCCAGCUUUGUAUCAAGCAUAAACCCGAAGAUGUCCCCAGUCGAGCACUGGACAUUGGCUGUGCUGUCGGGCGGUCCACCUUUGAGCUGGCCACAGAGUUUGAAGAGGUAGUGGGCAUCGACUACUCUUCUGCAUUCAUUGCCAAGUGUCAGCAGCUCAAGAUCACUGGAGAGUCUGAGUAUUCACUCACUGUGGAGGGGGAUAUAGUCGAGAAGAAAAAUGCUCAGGUUCAUCCAAACAUUAAUCGAACGAGGGCUCAUUUCAUGGUGGAGGAUGCUUGUUCCCUGCCUGAGCUAGGCCAGUUCAGCUGUGUGCUAGCCGCUAACCUUAUAUGUCGGCUCCCUGAUUGCACCCUAUUCCUGAACAGGCUGCCUGGGAUGGUGAUACCUGGUGGUAUAGUGGUGUUCACCAAUCCCUUCACCUGGCUUGAGCAGUACACACCCAAGUCCAAGUGGCUUGGUGGCUAUGUAGAUAAGAAUGGUGUUGAAGUGAGAGGAUUUGAUGCCCUCUGCCGUAUUCUCAGCCCAGAUUUUGAGCUAGUGGAGCAGGAGAACAUGCCGUUCCUGAUACGAGAAACUGUGAGAAAACACCAGUGGACUGUAGCCCACGCGUCUGUGUGGAGAAGAAAGAAGUGAAACAAACAG